AUGGCCGAUGCAAUUGAAAAAGCAGUCAGUGAAAAUUAUCAAAGUAUCGCCUUUCCAGCUAUAGGUUGUGGUAAGUUUGAUUGUUCAAUCAGUUUUGUUGCUCAAGCAAUGGUUGAGAAAGCCCAUCGCCUGUUAGCAGUGCAUCCAAUUUCAGUAUCAUUUAUAAUACAACCAGAAAGAACAGAUAUAUACGAUGAAUUUCAGAAGCGUAUUAGUUUAUUAAAGCAACAAUAUUCAGAAAUGAAAACAGUGUCAGCAAAAAUAGGAAAAGGAACGAUUGAAGUUGAAAUGGGAGAUAUAACUACACAAAAGGUAGAUGCUAUCAUUGGAAGUUCAUCGUCACAAAUUUUAAAAGACACUAUUAUAAGGACGGCUGGUAAAGAAGUCAAAACGGCGUAUGAUAAUGAAUACAAAAGUAAUCCGAAGUCGACCCUCAUCUCAACUUUACCCGGCCGACUAGCUUGCAAACGCAUAUUUUUUCUUCAAUGGAAACCCGAUAAAGAUGAAGCUGUACUUCGACAAUCAAUCAUCGACUUCGUAUGGACCGUCAUUCAAAAUGUUAUUUCGCAUGACUACACUUCGAUUGCAUUUCCGGCUAUCGGAUGUGGAAAACAUGGUUGCUCCGUUGAUAUUGUAGUUAAGACGAUGGUUAAAGAAAUUAAAAAUCAGCUUUCAAUGAGAAACUUACCACUGAAGGUAAAAUUUGUAGUGCAACUAGAACAACAAAAUGUUUAUGAUGAGUUUUGUAAACAAGUAUUGAUAACAUCGGCAGGUAAAGCUACAUUUUUUCUUAUCAAUGCUGCAACAUCAAUUGAUUAUACACUACCCAUAACAUGGGAGUCAUCGGCAGAAAAUAAAAUACGCUUUGUAUUACCUAAUACUAAAGAUGAAUAUACGUCUGUUUCUACUGACUUCGAUAAAGCAAUGAGAGGGAAACAUACACAAAUAAUACAAAUCGAACGAAUUCAGAAUGAACGGUGGUACUUACAAUACUUAGCACACAGUCGAGAUUUCAAGAAACGGCUCGAUAAUGAUACCGAAAAGCGUUUAUAUCAUGGUUGUCCUCAGCAGGCAGCAAAUUUAAUUGUGGAAGAUUGUUUCAACAGAAGUUUCGCUGGAGUAAAUGGUAAAUUCUAUUUCUAUUUUUUCCAGUCUUGA